AUGGAAACAGCAGAGAAAACGGAUGCUGUGCACAUCGAGUCCCUGAACAACCAAACAGAAAACUCACCUGACCGUCAUGAACUACACACAAAGACUAUCCAAGAGGAGGCUGCUGAACCGGCAUCCCCUCUGCAAUUGGGAUGGCGGACCUGGCUGGUCGUGUUGCUCUCGUCAUUCACAAUCAUGGCCCAAGUGUACACUACUGUGGCUGCCGCAUCUGUCGUCUCCUUUAUAGCCAUGGAUUUUGAGGGUUCUGCUCUGUCUGGCUGGAUAAUUCAGGGUCCCCUCCUCAUGCAAGCGGCCCUGUCUCCCAUCGUCGGCCGCCUAUCAGACAUCUUGGAUCGCAAAUACCUCGCUUCCAUCCCCCCACUCAUAGCCUUUGUCGGUGCCGUCAUCUGCGCCAAGGCCACAUCCAUGAACAUGUUGAUUGGUGGCAGCAUUCUGGUUGGAGUCACACUGUCGACCAUAGCCAUCGUCCAGUCUAUUCCUUCUGAGAUUCUCCCGUUAAAAUACCGCACCGUAUCAAACGGAAUCUCUUUCUUAGGAGGCGCAUCUGCGGGAAUCAUCGGCCAACUCAGCGCAGGAGCCUACACCAACAUGAGCCCCAGCGGCUGGCGCUACAUAUUCUGGACCCAAGCCGCCUUCCACCUGACCUCCGCCCUCGGCUUCCUCCUCUUCUACUGGCCGCCCCGGCACACCGACUUCCCCCGCAUGAAGCUGACCGAAUACAUCUGGGCCUGCGACCCCAUCGGCUCCGUCCUCUUCAUCGGCAGCUCCACCACCAUCCUCCUCGCCCUCGACUGGGCCGCAGGCACCUACCCGUGGUCAUCCGCCCACGUCAUCGGGCCGCUCGUCACCGGCUGCGUCCUCCUCAUCGCCUUCUGCCUCUACGAACUGUUCGCCCGCCCGGACGGCCUCCUCGCCCACGCCUUCUUCCGCUCCGGCCGCAACUUCCCGCUCGCCCUCCUCGCCUUCACCAUCGAAGGCUACAUCUUCUACUCUGCCGUCACGUCGCUAACCCCCCAACUCAUCCUCCGCCUCGGCUACGCCACCACCCCCAUGCGCAUCGCCGUGCGGCACCAGCUCUUCUACCUCGUGCCCGUCUUCGCCGCCAGCGUGCCCAUCACCUGGUACGCCACCGCGCGGCGGGACCUGCGCACGCCGCUGGUCGGCUGUUUCGCAAUCUUCCUCGGCGUCGCGGGGGCGUACGCGGGCGUGACGCCCGGAUGGGGCGAUGGGGUGCAGCAGGGACUGAACGUGUUGUGUGCGGUGGGGCAGGCGGGACCGCUGACGCUGCUGGUGGCGGCGGUGCAGUUCGCGGCGCCGCAUCGGUAUUUGUCGACGGCGACGGGGUUGGCGUUUUCGGCGCGGGCGGUGGGGGGCGCGGUGGGGUCGGCGGUGCUGGAGGCGGUUGUGAAGGGGUAUGUUGGGGGGAGGUAUGGGGGCGCGGUUGCGGGGGCGGCGAGGAGGGCUGGGGUAAGGGAUGAGGGGGUGGUGGGGGAGAUUGUGGGGGCGAUGGCGGGGGGGGAGGGGGCGACGAGUGUGGAGGCGUUGGGGGCGGUGGUGGGCGAGGGGGUGGGGGCGGCGCAGUUGGAGGCGGUGGUGGGGGAGGGGAGGUGGGUGUGGGCGAGGGGGUAUCGGUUGGCGUGGGCGAGCGUGGUGCCGUUUACGGUGGUGGCGUUGGUGUGCGUGGCUUGUCUGAGCGGGGUGGGGGAGCUGAUGACGGAGAGGGUGGAGGCGACGGUGGAGAGGGUGCCCAGGGGGGACGAGGAGAAGAGGGUUGAUGGAGAGGAGUAA